UGUAAGCUCUCGGAGUAUAGUAUUUCUUGUAUUGUAACUAAUGUAUUUCAGUAAAAAUGGUGAUAUUUGUAAAACUCUGAAGCAGCUUUCAUAUUUUUUAAGUGAUACUUGUCCUUCUUAACAGAUCUCAUACUAACAUUGGCCAAGAUGUCGAAGUGGCAAUCGGAGCGCAGUAUUCAUGAGAUGCUGAAGGACACUCCACCGCUGCGGGAAUCUAGUGACUCCAUCACAUCUGGCACGGAGCCCAACUUCCCUGCUUCACGAUCUAUGACAUUCCCACCAGCCUACGCUCCACCAGAUGUUUCGGCAGGCGCGGGCGCGGGCUCGUUGCUCCGUGCGGGAGGCUCGCGUCUUGACUCACUGCGCUCUUGGUCGCUCUCCACAUACAAGUGCACCAAGCAGCUGCUCUAUGAGAAACUCGGGAAAACUUCGCGCACUGUAGAUACUGAGUUGGAGGCGCAGAUCGAAGCGCUUCGAGAAACCCAGCGCAAAUACGCGGGAGUACUGCGGUUGAGUUGCGCGUUGACUGCACAGUUGGCUGCCGCAGCGGCUACGCAGCGGCAGCUUGGCGACGCCUUUGCAGAGCUCGCGCAGCGCUCGCCCGAGCUGCAGACACAGUUCCUAUACAACGCGGACACACAGCGCGCGUUGACGCGACACGGCGACACGUUGCUCGCGGCGCUGCACUUCUUCAACAACUCGCUAAACACGCUCACCAACAAAACUAUGGAGGACACGCUGCUCACCAUACGACAAUACGAGGCGGCCAGGGUGGAAUAUGACGCGUAUCGUAGUGAAUUGGAAGCGCGCGGCGGGAACCCGCCAUCUUUACUGUUGGCCAGUAUCGAGCGACAGCGGCGGGCUUACGAGCGGCUGCGAGACGACUCCGCCGUCAAACUGGCGUUGCUACACGAAAACAGGGUGAAAGUGAUGAACAAGCAGCUUCUCCUGUUCCAUAACGCCGUAUCGGCGUACUUCAGCGGCAACGGCGCGGCGCUGGAGGCCGCCGUGAAGCACUUCAGCAUCCACGCGCCGGCGCCGCCCGCGCCGCUCCCCCCGCUGCCGCCCCUGCCCUCGCUCCCCUCGCUCGCCGGCGCCGCGCCCGCCGCGCCCGCCGCGCCCGCGCCGCCUGCCGCGCCGACAUCGCCGAGGUCCACGUAAAAAGGACUUAAAUCGAGCGGCAUAAGGUUCUUAACUCUGCAGCAGAAGUUCCUAAGCGGGCAAGGUGUGAUCUUGACGCGACUUUAUUGUUAAGAAAAUAAGAGCGUGUCAAGGUAAUUUAGAACAUGUAUCAACUUCUGCUUCUGACUGUACAUUCAUAUGUUGAGAAUAGCGACGACAUGUAAAUGAUUCUGAUAUUUGACAUAAGGUGUAAUUUGGUUUUGCCUGUGUCUUAACCUGAUUUGGUUAAACCUACACUUUGUUAUGCUACAGAUUACUUUGUGUGUAAACUCUUCAAAUGCCCAACAUUAGCAGUUAGCUUUAACAUUGUGAAAGAUAAGAUUCAGUAAAAUAUUCAGUUCAAUUAUAUAGUGUGUAACAUAUUGUGCAAGGUGUGAGCCAUGUUUAAAAAAAAAUCUCUUAUAAAACUAGAAUUUGUUACAGCGUCGCUAUUACAUCUAUUACUAGGAAUUAUAUGAUCAACUUUAACUGCAACUAAUUGACUUUAAACAAUCUUUGGAGCAUAUUAUUACCAAACUCUUGCUGUUUUGCUACAAGUCACGACGUAAAGUUUCAAGAGGUAAAAAUUAUUAGUAACAAUACAUAAUUGAAACCCCAGCACUGCAAUAAAAUGUCUUUGCACUGUAAUAUUGUAAUAGCUGUAAUUGUAAGUCUUGCCAGGGGUACGUUUGCGUGAGUGCUUGAGGAGGGGUUGUCAGCGUAAAAAAAAAUGAGUUUAAUAUUUGUUAAUAUGAAAAAUACGAUAAAAUUGUAAUGAUACUGAAUUAAACUUAGGAAAGUACUGCAUUUUCAGAACACCCAAUAGUCUUUACUGUUUGCUGCUGUUAAACAUUGUUGUGCUGACACCCCCCAUUUACUACUUUUAAUAAAAAAAACAAUCGCCGAUAAUUCAUUUAGAUCUGAUUACUUAGCUUAUGACUUUUAGUGUUCAUUCAGGCACUUGUUGCUUUUACGCUUGCCUAGAGUACAUUUUUGUACAUAUAUUAAAAGAUUUGUUUAAUUACAUUUCCAAUAUUUUUAUAUAAUAGUGUUAAAAAAUAUUAUAGUGUUAACUGACAAUGGUAAUUGUUUAGCUCAAGCUUGUCCUUCCUUCACGUUUUUUAAGAUGAGCUUUUCAGUCCAAUAGAGGGUUUACAAACUCAUAUGUGUGUUUAAAAUUAUUAUCAAGAUUGUCAUAUCCAAAGAUAAAAUUGUGUAAUCUAGCAUCUCUAUAUCCGUGAUAUUGUAUUCUUAAUAAGUUAGUUGAGAGUUGUUAGCUGGAGCAGGCCUUAUUAUAAUAGUGUUAAUGUCCUUUGCCAACAACCAUACUAUAACCAUACUCAUCUCAUUGGGUGAAGUGGAUUAUUGGCAAUGGAGGUAUAAUACACAUACAUGAUAUUGUGAUCUGUGAGCAGAACUGACAAUACAAGUGAGUGUAGCUUGAAUACCUAAGUAUGAAAGUAUUUUGAAUAGCUAGUCAACCUUUUUUUUAUUACUUGUAUGUAAAUUUACUUAUUUAUUACCAAUUAUUUUAGGGAAAUUUUCUUAAUAUUUAAGUUAAAUGCAUUUAUUAUUUAUGGAGUGUAAAAUAGAUCUAUUGAAUAACAAA